AUGGCAGAAGAAGCUCUACGAUCAACAAGUCUUAAAGCAAAUUUUCAUCGCCUGACACGAUUAUUGAUGCGUGGAGGUGUGCAGCUUUUGCGGGAGACAUUAGACUCCAUUCACUCACCAGCUGAUCUCCCUUUGAAACUCGCUGACCCUGCCAUACAGGCACAGCUGAGAGGAGCACGACUUACCCGGCCAGAGUGGGUUUGUCUGAACCCAUCCCCUGGGGUAUAUGGAAAGUCCAAUGAUUUUGACAUCACAUUAAUCUUCAAGUUAUUCAGGACAAUUUGCGGCCUGACCCCUCCCCCUGGACCGAGAGGAUGGGAUGAUUUACCAAACGACUCAGACUACACUCUGGUGGCAGAUUUAGUGCGAAUAAAAUAUUUUCGAAAUGAGAUUUAUGGUCACUGUUCGACUAUGGAAAUAUCUGACAUCGAUUUUAUUCAUCUCUGGGAGGAAAUUAGUGAGGCUCUGUUAAGAAUUGCGAGAAAUAUUAGUCCUGCAAAGAGAGAUCAGUGGGACAAGUCCAUUGAUGAUCUUCUUCGUAAUCCUUUGACGCCAGAUGAGAAAAGAUGCAUUGAAGAACUAGAGACCUGGUAUAUGCGAGAUAUGGAUCUUAAAAAUGAAUUUGUAAAGCUGAGAGAGAGGCUGAGAGAGGAGCUGACAGAGGGGCUGAGAGAGGAGCUGAUAGGAGGGCUGAAAGAGGAGCUGAGACAGGGGCUGAGAGAGGAGCUGAGACAGGGGCUGAGAAAGGAACUGAGACAGGGGCUAAGAGAGGAGCUGAGGUCUCAAAGACCCGCGUGCGUAGUCAUACAGAUCAAGGACGUGGCUGGAUCCGAACCGACGUUCCUUGCACCUAAUCUAUUAUUACCUGAGCCGGAACAAGCAGCGGGAGCUGAUGACCCUGAACCAAAUAAUCCACCAGACAUAGAUGCUUGGAACGUAAUUUUAUCAUUUAAAGAAUCAGUUGAUUUAUUCUUUCGAUACUUAUCGUAUAAACUUCAUCUUCUAGUGCGUAACGACGAGGUAGGGAGCUGGCAUAUAACAGUUGAAUGCAGUUCAUUGCAAGUCCUUGAAGGAUUGUGGGAAGAUUAUCGCAGUGGUCAUCUUAAUUCAGUUGCCCAGGUAAUACUAAUAACACCACAGGUCUUGAAGAAACUUGGUCGAACUGAGCUGAAACUGACGACCUUUAUUUCUGAGGAACAGUGUGAGAAAGUAAAAAAGUUGUUACAGGCGAGCUCAGGUGAUUAUUACGAGUUUACCAACUUUGAAGUUUAA